CCCCGCGGGCCCUUUUACCUCAUCUCCACCUCGUCAGCUCCCUGGUCGCCUCUUGGACCCUCACUCCUCCAGCCCCCUCAUCUCUCCGCGUGCCCAGGCGCCACCCACAGGAUGGGAGUCCCUUGAACCUGGAAUGCUGUGGCUGGCCCUGGCCGGCCCGGUCCAUGCCAUGGAGAACCAGGUGAACCAGGUGCUGGUGAUUCGCAUCAAGAUCCCCAACAGUGGCGCGGUGGACUGGACGGUGCACUCGGGGCCACAGCUGCUCUUCAGGGAUGUGCUGGAUGUGAUAGGCCAGGUUCUGCCUGAAGCCACAACUACAGCAUUUGAAUAUGAAGAUGAAGAUGGUGAUCGAAUAACAGUGAGGAGUGAUGAAGAAAUGAAGGCAAUGCUGUCCUACUAUUAUUCCACAGUAAUGGAACAGCAAGUAAAUGGACAGUUAAUAGAGCCUCUGCAGAUAUUUCCAAGAGCCUGCAAGCCUCCUGGGGAACGGAACAUACAUGGCCUGAAGGUGAAUACCAGGGCUGGACCCUCCCAACACAGCAGCCCUGCCAUCUCCGACUCACUUCCAAGCAAUAGCUUAAAGAAAUCUUCUGCUGAACUGAAAAAGAUACUAGCCAAUGGCCAGAUGAAUGAACAAGACAUACGGUAUCGAGACACCCUUGGGCAUGGCAACGGAGGCACAGUCUACAAAGCACAUCAUGUCCCCAGUGGGAAAAUAUUAGCUGUAAAGGUCAUACUACUAGAUAUUACACUGGAACUUCAGAAGCAGAUUAUGUCUGAGUUGGAAAUUCUUUAUAAGUGUGAUUCAUCAUAUAUCAUAGGAUUUUAUGGGGCAUUUUUUGUAGAAAACAGGAUUUCAAUAUGUACAGAAUUCAUGGAUGGGGGAUCUUUGGAUGUAUAUAGGAAAAUUCCAGAGCAUGUUCUUGGAAGAAUUGCAGUAGCAGUUGUAAAAGGCCUCACCUAUUUGUGGAGUUUAAAGAUUUUGCACAGAGAUGUGAAGCCCUCCAACAUGCUAGUGAACACGAGAGGACAGGUCAAGUUGUGUGACUUCGGCGUUAGCACCCAGCUGGUGAAUUCUAUAGCCAAGACGUAUGUUGGAACAAAUGCUUAUAUGGCGCCUGAAAGAAUUUCAGGGGAGCAAUAUGGGAUCCACUCCGAUGUCUGGAGCUUAGGGAUCUCCUUCAUGGAGCUUGCUCUUGGGAGAUUUCCAUAUCCUCAGAUUCAGAAAAACCAGGGAUCUUUAAUGCCUCUCCAGCUUCUGCAGUGCAUUGUUGAUGAGGAUUCGCCCGUUCUUCCGGUUGGAGAGUUCUCAGAGCCAUUUGUACAUUUCAUCACUCAGUGCAUGCGUAAACAGCCGAAAGAAAGGCCAGCACCUGAGGAAUUAAUGGGCCACCCAUUCAUCGUGCAGUUUAACGACGGGAAUGCUGCCGUGGUGUCCAUGUGGGUAUGCAGAGCCCUGGAGGAGAGGAGGAGCCAGCAGAAGGCCCCAUGAGGCCUCAGCCCAGCACCCAGCACCCAGGGGGCCGGCCCGCCCACGUUUACCGCCUGCACUGAAGAGCUUCCCUGCUUGCACUCACUCGUGCACGCACCACCACCCUGCCGGGCAGCCUUCACCCACUCCGGCCUGGAGGCACUGUCUCCAGCAACUAGAGGAAGGGACAGACCCCCAGAAGCAAGGCUCUCGUGGCCCCUGCCUACCCUCUUUUUUCCUAACAGUUUCCUUUGUAAAGGAGCAGGGCAUGUCAGAGCACCAAGGAGAAUAAAAAGGCCACGGCUUCGGGACCACG